AUGAAAAGGUGCACUGUAGUUGCAAAGCGGCCGUUGAUGUUUGCUGGAGCGUUCGGCUUUGGGGCCUGGUUAUCCGGACUCGUAUUUAUUGAUCGUCUUAAAACUGACAAAGCUAGGCUGUUAAUGAAAGAAGCAACCGAAAAAGUAAUAGCUGAGAAGACGAAAUUGUGGGUAUUUCCUGAAGGCGCAAGGUAUAACAAGGGAUAUAUACAACCCUUUAAAAAAGGGGCGUUCUACCUAGCUAUAGAUGCCCAAAUACCAAUAAUGCCUGUUGUAUUUAGUCAAUAUUAUUUUCUCGAUAAUGAUACUAAAACUUUUGAACCAGGUAAAGUUGUAAUCACCACCUUACCACCGAUACCUACCAAAGGAAUGACCCGAAAUGACUUGGACAGCCUUUCCGACAUGGCGCGCCAGCAGAUGAUAGAAGUAUUCAACGAGAGCUCGAAAGAUCUCGUCAGGCAGAGUAAAAUAGCAAUUUAA